AGCAUUUUAUUUGACAUCUUUUGCCCUAAAAUGACCGAAAUGACUCGUCAAAUAACAAAAAGAGUCGAUUUUCUGUGAAUUGUUUCAGUUAUAUUUAACUUCUUUUGUCUUCUGUCGUCUCUGUGCGUGAACCUUUGAUCGGGGCAGACAUCGUGACGUCCUCGGCACACACACCUGGUCCCAUAAUGACAUCAAGGGGAAUAAACACUGGCUGACACAGUUAGGACAGGAAGCUCCAUGGCAACCAUGUCCGGUGAUGGUGUGUGUGUGUGUGUGUGUGUGUGUGUCUUUCCUCCUUUUUUGGACAUUCCGUCCUCGCUGUGCUUUGAGCUCUCCGUCUGCUCUCUCUCUCUCUCUCUCUAAAAGAGUUUCCCAGGCUCAUGUCCUCUUUGCCAUGGCGACGAGGCCGAGGAGGGAAGCACGCCACCAUCAGUGGUCAAUGUCCUUCAUGGGUCCGUGUGUCAUUGCCCAAAGAAAUCUGGGGUUGAAAGACAAAAUUUAGAACAAAAAUUACACCUUUUUUCGGCUUUUAAAUGACAGUAUACAAAGAACGCGUUAAUAUUCAGCAACUGUGAGAACACAAUAAAAGAGGCAAUAACACACAUAACAAUAACAAACAUAAACAAUAACAAACAAUACAGGAUAAGACACAAUACAACCGUAUAUGUGGUAGAAGAACACAAAAUACACACAAUGCAAAGCUACAGUACAGUACAUUAAAAGGAAGUGACACAUAGUAUUAAAAGUAAGUAAUAAAAAACAUUAAAAGUAUUCAAAAAUAUUCGCUAGUACCUACUAAGUUUAUGCUGACGGAUGGAUGAAAUGAUAAAUAAGAGCUGAACUCUGGGACACUGUGAUGGACACAUAUUCAAACAUUUCACUUAAUCAAUAAAAUAGCUUAAUUGGCAGAUACAUUAAUAAUUAAAAUAUUAUAAUAAUCGUCAAAGCCUACUAAAUCUCUCAAGAUGUCGUAAUUGAUGCAGCUGGUAUUGUGAGGAAACAAGGGGGCCAUGUAGCAUCCCAUGUAGGACUCAUAAUUGGCUUGAAGCCUUGAAAGCCUUUCGAUGGGAAUUCCACCCUAAAUAGGAAACUACAUAUUCACAAAAUGUUUGACAUUUCAUGUGAAAAUCUUGGCUUCACGACCACAACAUAAUACUGUUAUUAUAUUUAAAUUCAAUGAUGGGUUGAACUACAUUCCAGGAGGGCAUGUUCAUAUUUAUAUCAUUAUGAUAUUCCCAUAACACACUGAUUGGGAAUGAUGUUGCUCAAUAGGUAAUACUUUAACGGUAUGAUACGCCGAUGUAUUUUUCACAGUACCUUAUUUUUAGAAAAAGAAAAAAAAGAAGUCAAUAGGUGAACCUAUUGCAACGGAUAUUUAGUAUAUAAAUAAGAGAUGCAGCAAAAUAACACGAGAGGAUUGUGAUUUGGGGUGGACUAGUAAAAAAAACGGUGUAGUAAAAUGCGGCGCUGCUGAAAGAGAGGGAGAGGGAGAGAGAGGGAGAGAGAGGGAGAAGGGGGUAGAGAGAAAAAGAGAGAGAGAGAGAAAAAGAGACUGUUCUCGUUAUGACCAGAGGGAGGCCGACCGGCAAACAAUUCCUCUCCCCAGAAAACAGAGGAGAAAGGAGGGUCGUCCUCUCCUGCUCGGUGCACCCAGCAGCACCAGUAGCGGCAGUAGCGGCAGUAGCGGCGGCGGCGCGGCGUCCAGCCGACGUAUCCGGAGCUUCUUUUGUCUUCUUUUCUUCUUCUUCUUCGUGUGCGCUUCGGUAAUGAGCCUGCUGGGGGCCUACAAGAAAAAGACAAUUUACGAUGGCUAUGAAUCUUUGCAGUUGGUCGAUAGCGGCGCAGACAGCUUCAGCGUCGGCAGAGGGAGCGGCAGCAGCGGCGGAGGCGGAGGCGGAGGCGGCGGCGCGACACUCGCAGGCUCCAUAGCGGCCACCCUCGGACCGAAGCCAGGCCCGCUGAGAGAGGAGCACUGCAGCACCAUGGACAGCUCAGAUGUAGACGCCAACUCCAGCGGAGGCCUGCUGGGCAUGGUGAAGGGAGGAGCCGGGAAGUUCUUCAGCAACUUCAAGGACAACCUGAAGGACACGCUGAAGGACACGUCCACCAAGGUCAUGCACCAGGUCGCCACGUACACUAAAGGGGAGCUGGAUAUCGCCUACAUCACUUCUCGGAUCAUAGUGAUGAGCUACCCGGCGGAGUCGGUCCAGAUCGGCUGCCAGAACCACGUCGAGGACAUCCGGUCCUUCCUGGACAGUCGCCAUGCCGACCACUACACCGUCUUCAACCUAUCACAGCGCAACUACCGCGGAGCCAAAUUCUCCAACAGGGUCUCAGAGUGUAACUGGCCUUGUCGCCAGGCUCCCAGCCUCCACAACCUGUUUGCUGUGUGUAAGAACAUGCACAACUGGCUCAAACAGAAUCCCAAAAAUGUGUGCGUCAUCACCUGCUCGGAUGUUCGGGCUCCCUCGGGUGUUCUGGUGUGUGCCAUGUUCUGCUUCUGCCACCUCUUCAACAACCCGGUUCCCGCCAUGCAGCUGCUCAGCGCCAAAAGACCCGGAUCAGGACUCUGGCCGUCGCACCGCAGAUACAUAGGCUACGUGUGCAGCAUGGUCUCGGAGAAGCCCAGUCUCCCCCACUCCAAGCCCCUGAUGAUCAAGGGUCUGACCGUGACCCCGGUGCCCUGUUUCAACAAGCAGCGCAGCGGCUGUCGGCCAUUCUGCGACGUCCUCAUCGGGGAGACGAAGAUCUUCACCACGGCACAGGAGUACGAGAGGAUGAGAGAGCACAGGGUCCAAGAGGGAAAGGUGGUUUUCUCUCUGGGUGUGAGUGUGCAAGGAGACGUCGUUGUUUCAGUCUACCACAUGAGGUCCACCAUCGGGGGACGGCUGCAGGCCAAGGUGUCCAACACCCAGAUCUUCCAGAUCCAGUUCCACACUGGCUUCAUUGCUCCUGGUACCACGAUGUUAAAGUUUACCAAACCGGAGCUGGACGCGUGCGAAGACACUCCGGAGAAGUAUCCCCAGCUUUUCCAUGCGACGCUGGACGUGGAGGUGGAGGGGGUGGAUAAACAAAAAGACCUGACGCCACCGUGGGAGCAGUUCCCCUGUAAAGAUCUCAACCCCAACGUGCUCUUCUCCUGCCACCAGGAGCACCAGGACGCACUGGCUAUUGCUGAGCCCAGUCGGCCUCACGGAGGCGCGGACGGUCGAGGCCACGGCGAGGACAGCGAGCCCUCGGACGACGAGAUGCUCUCUCUCUCCUCCAGCCAGCGAAGCAACGCCGGCGCGGCCCCCCAGAGACCAGAACCCCCGACCUCUUCGAUGUCCGCCGCCGCCGCCCCCCCUGCGCCCGCCGAGGAAGUGGAUCUCCUCGGCCUCGACGGCGACGGGGUCAACCGGCCUUCGUCUCAGCCGGCGGCCGCCGCAGCCGCGACCACCGACCUCCUCGGGGACUUGUUCGGGGGCCCGCCCCAGCCAACCAGCGGGGCGUCAUCCGCCCGGUCCACGCCACAGAAAGUAGUCCCGGGCACCGCCUCGCCGUGUCACUCUCCUGCACCGACAGCAUUUGACCCCUUCGGGGCGGGGCCCAUGCCGAAACCUCAGGACAUGAUGGGCUCCUUCCUUGGACCAGGUAACGUGGGGCAGCCGGAGCCCUUCCUGCAUGCUGCUUGCUCUCCAUCAUCACCCGCCCUGCAGGCUGCAGGCUUGGGCCGGAGUUCCCCGGUCCCGCCCACUCACCCGUCCGUCAAUAUCCAGCAGCAAAAUGCAAAGGGAGGCUGGGACUGGAACAGACCUGCCACGACGAGCACAGGAGCGGGCUUUGGGAUGGGCAGUCUGUCGGCCACGACGAGCCCCACGGGCUCGGUGAACAACACCCCCACCCACCAAUCCAAGCCAAACACCCUGGACCCGUUCGCCAACAUAGGAAACCUCGGAGGUGGCUUCUCCAGCAAACCCACCACUCCCACUGGCACCGCCCCUUCCCUCCCUCCCACGGGCUCGCCAUCGCGACCUCCUCCGUCUCCUCAGCACCGAUGGGCGCCGUGAGCGGGCGGGGAAGGCCACCAAGGUGGACCGGGCCCCGCCCCUCAGCCAAAGCCCAGCCCCGCUCAUGCCCCCUUGCCUCACGCUUCGCCCCAGAACCGACCCAACUACAACGUCAGCUUCUCUGCGAUGGGGGGAGGAGGGGGAGGGGGGGGAGGCUCGCCCAGCGCCGCCGCGGCCAAAGCACCGGCGAGCACGGGUCCCAAGCCCAAAGCCUCACAAGCCAACUUUGAUGACCUGCUGUCCGGUCAGGGCUUUGCAGGGACCAAAGAAAAGAAAGGACCCCGGACCAUCGCAGAGAUGAGGAAGGAGGAGAUGGCCAAAGAGAUGGACCCUGAGAAGAUAAAGAUUCUGGACUGGAUCGAGGGGAAGGAGCGUAACAUCCGCGCUCUGCUGUCCACCAUGCACACCGUGCUGUGGGAGGGGGAGACGCGCUGGAGGUCCGUGGGCAUGGCGGACCUGGUCACUCCGGAACAGGUCAAAAAGGUCUACCGCAAAGCGGUCCUGGUGGUCCAUCCAGAUAAGGCGACAGGUCAGCCCUAUGAACAAUACGCCAAGAUGAUUUUCAUGGAACUGAACGAUGCCUGGUCAGAAUUUGAAAGCCAAGGACAAAAACCCCUCUACUGAAUAACCAAGAGGCAGUGAGCGAAGGAGAGAGAGAGAGAGAGAGGCCGACACCUCCCCGGUUUUGUCAUCCAAUCCUAAAAAAGAAGAAGAAGAAAUGCGUCUCACAACAUACCCGACAACCUCUGCCUUCAUAGCUUUGCUUCGACCCGGAAAAACAACCCGUCGAUGUGCACAGACGACAGCAGAACUCCAGAACUCCAGCCUGCAGACGGACAGCGCGAACCAGACGUACCGACUCACUCACCUGCUGUGUGUAUGUGGGGGCCUCGUGGCCCCUUGAUCUGUUUCAUCAGCCCUGAGCCGCACCCGUCACUCAAAGCAAAGGAAACAAAAGAAAAGAAAAGGCUUGAUUGA